UAAAAAACAACAGCGCCAUCUAUUUGACACUUUUCUGACAGGUCUCUUUUGUGAAAGUCGCCGAUAGAAACACGUGUGUUCUUGGUUUUUUAGAAAAUUUUGCUCUAAAAAGCCACCAUGGGUCGUGUACGUACAAAGACCGUAAAGAAGGCGUCCAAAGUCAUCAUCGAGAAGUACUACACCAGGUUAACCCUGGAUUUCCACACCAACAAGCGAAUCUGCGAGGAAAUCGCAAUCAUCCCCACUAAACCGCUGCGUAACAAAAUCGCCGGUUUCGUUACGCACUUAAUGAAGAGGCUGAGGCACUCUCAGGUCAGAGGUAUUUCGAUCAAACUGCAGGAAGAAGAAAGGGAGAGGAGGGACAACUAUGUUCCAGAAGUGUCCGCUUUGGAGCACGAUAUAAUUGAAGUCGAUCCAGAAACUAAGGAAAUGUUGAAAAUGCUGGAAUUCAACAAUAUUUCUGGAUUACAACUGACCCAACCUACAACAAGUUCAUACAAUAGACGUGCUUAGUAUGUAUUAAGUAAAAUAUAACUCUUUUAAUAACU